AUGAGCUCCUACAGUAACGGUACAUCCAUAACAACUGACGAUCGUUUAAAACAAGCUUAUGAAAUCUUAACUAAACGAAAUCGUAAUCGUGCAUUAAAUCUUAAAGAUGUUGAAAUAGUUAUUCGUGCAGCUGGUUAUAGUCCAACAAAUAAUGAAUUAAAAAAAAUAAUUAAUACAAAAUUAGGUACAAUAUAUCCUCAUCAAUUAUUUGAUUUACAAACUAUUCAAGAUUUAUGUAUCGAUUUAAAAAAACGUUCUGAAAAAGAUAUUUAUGAUAGUUUACGUUGUUUUGAUUAUGAACAUAAUGGUUUUAUAUCAGCAAAAGAAUUAAAAUAUUUUUUAAGUACACAUGGAGAAAAAUUAAAUGAAGAAGAAAUUGAUGAAAUGUUACGAGAUAUGGAUAUUGAUGAACAAGGAAUGUUAUCAAUUGAACAAGCACUUUCAACACUUUUUGUUGGUGAUUAUACAGAAUAA